AUGGGAGAAUGGGAAGACCCCUUCAACAUCAUCGGGUUCGUGGGGGGCGUCGUGCUGGCGACCGCGCUGCUUCCGCAGAUCUACCUCGCUCAUUCCCGGAAGAGCACUGCGGAUAUCUCCUACCUUUGGCAGGCGGUGUACACGGUGGGGCUGCUGACGCUAAUGAUCUACUAUUUCCAUUUCCGACUAUGGGCCGUCUUCUAUCCGAUGGCCUUCGAAUUUUCCAGCUUGAUGUAUCUGACGGGCCUCAAGAUCUACUACGAGGUGUGCCUGGGAAACGUGGCCCCGCCGGAAGAGCUGCCGUCACUGCUUGAGGCCAACCGCAGCGGCCCGUCACUGCUUGACGCCAGCCGUAGCGGCCGCAUCGGCAGGAUGCCGUCUAAGUUGAGCCUAGACGCCAUCGACGACGCUAGCAAGAGCGGGAGGAGGAGUAGGAUGCUGUCAAAAUCUUCCUUAAGGGAUGCCAGCAGCAACGGCGUAGUGUGCCCUCAAGGUCAACCUAGCGUUUCGGGGACUACUAGCCUUGACCUUCCGCGCCCCCCAGUCAUGGGGAGAACGCGCAGCCGUCCCCACUCCCCCGACGCAGUGAGCGGCGCCGGCACCGAAGUGGGAGGUGGCGCUAUUCCCCGGCACGAGCAGAGGGCGGACGAAGCCAAGGAAGCUCAAGCCUCUGCAGUUGCGGCGGACGACAGCAUCCACGUGCUGCCCAGUGAAUAG